AUGUCUGAGUUUGUAGAUAUGCUGUCAGGUUCUGAGAAGACUGGCGAGUUCCAUACUCUGAGCGCUGUUGUUGACCACAUCGCCCCGCCAGUGCCGAACAACAAACCCAUCCAAGGCAUAUCUGUCCUCCGUGGUAAUCUCGACGGUAUCCUACCGGGACUAUGGACAGAGGCGCCCCCAAAGGAAUGGUCGGACGGCGGGAAGGUGUCAGCUCUAACGAUGGAUCUUGGCAGCCCGCAUAUCACUAUCCCUCUUACCAACACCACUUUUCAGAACCACAGGACCUCGACACUUAUUAUUAGCCGUUACGACUUUUCGACUGGCUCUCCGAAGCUUAUUGAGCAAACUGACAAAAAGCAUUUGCAGAAAGUAGCCAUUCCUGUUCAGAAAAGGCUCUCGUCAAUCAACGACCUUGGUAUCUGGGCCCCCCUCGUGCCUUUGACUCAACCCCGUGUGGUAACCGAGAGCUUUGGUAAUAUUGUACGGCGAGUCGACAUUGAAGACGAGUCAGUUCCAGCAUCGACUGAGCUCGAACCAGCUGUGGACGACCUCCAUGCCAGCAAAUCGGACUUGGUUCAGUCUCCUAUGGGUAUUUGGGCAAUGAUCACACCUCCAACUUUUGUUCAGUCGGCGGGCAGCUCGCCCUAUGUCAAUCCGGAUCCCGAGGCAACAUUCGCCGAUGGCCAAAGCAUCACGGAGCUAACAGCUGUGACUUCUGAUCAACUGGGUGUCCUGUAUAGGCAAGGGGGUAGAUUGUACCAAGUUUUGAGUGGUGGCGGUGGUUGGGGGUCAAAGAAGGGUUUGCUGUCGCUUGACCCCGAGCAAACUCACUUUGUUGUGUCUGAAGAAGAGGAGAUGCAAAGGUUCAUUAAAGCUAUGGAAGGGGGCAACUUUGUCCCUGUGAGUUCCAAAAUCCAGUUCUUUGCAUCAACGAAUGCUUCUGCUGGAGAGCCAGUCGGAAACAAACAAACUGGUGUGGUGUUUGGAACAUCCAGCAAGCUCGAGGUCGAAACUGAUGUGAAUCCUUCUCAACCCGAGGCACGCUUGUUGGAAAAUCAUUUCGGCGCUCUCUCCAACGUGGGUAUCUUUGUAACCUCGUCCGAUGCCUCCAUGUUUUCGAAACCUGGGUUCAACAACGACUGGAAACUCAACGUGCCUAACUCUCGGGUAUAUGUUGUAUAG